GAAGCCUCGUGAUGGGGUAAGCCGAUCCAAGCCCAACCCCCUUGGUUCUCACAUCACGAAUACACGUAUAUAUAUAUAUACCCAGAGCCUCUUUCGGUUUCGCAGUGCAGUUACAGAGGCAAUCCGCAGCUGUCGCCGCAUUGGCCACUAGGAUCGAGCAGACGGCGGACACUUUAAUGGUGCCGCCUGUGAUACAAGGACUCGCGCACGCUGGCCCCCGCCGCCUUCAAGGGCUCGCUGUUAUCAUGAGCAGCCGGCAGACGCCACUCUUUGUGCUGUUGCUGCUCUGCAGUUUGCUCUCGCAAGCCUCGCUGGCACCUUUGACUGGGCAGCUGUCCAAGGAAGACGAAGCGGUAAUAAAGUGCAUCAUCGAGGUGCUGUCCGAUACCCUGAGCAGAAGGGAGGAUUCAACUCUAACCAAGGAAUGCGUGGAGAUACUGAAGAGCGACCAGCGGAUAUAUGACUUGCUGCAACACGACAGCGUUUUUAAUGGACUCCAAGAACUGGCGACACCAAGUGUAAAACUGACACCGAGUCGACGAGGUGACAGCAGGGAUUACCUCUGGGAUGACUUUCGCAGGCACUGGGAGAAGCGAUUCACGGAGCCCAGCGAAGAGGAAGAUGUUCGGUUCCCUGGCAAAGAGCACGCCGAGCCACGUGGCCACCACGUGGACGACAAGCGACUGUGGCGGUUCUGGCCGUCGGUAGAGGAGGACGUGGAAGAGGAGGCCAAAGGGCACGGGAAGCAGCCCAUGGAAGAAACGAGGCGACACCACGAGGAGGAUGAGGAGGAGGAGGAUGAUGAUGAGAGGAAACGGCACCGCGAGGAUGAUCGCAGUGAGCCAGAGGAGAAGGAUGAGGACGAAGAGGAUGAGAAAGACGGCGUAGAGGAAAAGCGUCAUCACGACGGCAGGCACAGCGCGGAGGGCACGAAGCGACACGCGGACCGGCACGGCGAAGAGGGGGGCGACGACCCGCGUCUUCGUGCGGACAGACGGGGCGUGGAAGAAGAGGAGGAUGAGGAGGAGGAGGAAGAGGAGGACAGGGAACGUCACCAUCCAAAGCGGCACCACGACGACAAGCACAGCGACGACGACGAAGAGGAUGAGGAGGUGGAAGAGAAACGCCACCUCGGUGACCGGCAAAGUGAAGAGGAAGAGGAGAACAAACGCCACCAUGACGACAAACGAAGCGUGGAGGAGCGUGAGAAGCAUCACCAUGGCGACAAGAGAAGCGAGGAAGAGCAGGGCCCUGUGCAUCACCAUGGAGACAGGCACAACACAGAGGAAGAGAAGCGUCACCAUGGCGACAAGAGAAGCGAGGAAGAGCAGAGCCCUGUGCAUCACCAUGGAGACAGGCACAACACAGAGGAAGAGAAGCGUCACCAUGGCGACAAGAGAAGCGAGGAAGAGCAGAGCCCUGUGCAUCACCAUGGAGACAGGCACAACACAGAGGAAGAGAAGCGUCACCAUGGCGACAAGAGAAGCGAGGAAGAGCAGAGCCCUGUGCAUCACCAUGGAGACAGGCACAACACAGAGGAAGAGAAGCGUCACCAUGGCGACAAGAGAAGCGAGGAAGAGCAGAGCCCUGUGCAUCACCAUGGAGACAGGCACAAUACAGAGGAAGAGAAGCGUCACCAUGGCGACAAGAGAAGCCAGGAAGAGGACAGCGACGAAGACGACAAGCAUCACCAUGGCGACAGAAUAAGCGAAGAGGAGGUCGAGAAGCGUCACCAUGGCUACGAACACGGCGAUGAAGGGGAAGACGUCGAACGUCACCACGGCGACAAACGGAGUGAAGAGGACGGAGAGUCUGAAGAAGGCACGCGCAGCGAGGGGACGGAAGAGCACAACGGACAUCACCGCUUAGAUAAAAAGCAUCACCAUGACGACAGGCGGAGCAGCGAGCGCUACUUUGAGGGUCCCGGCGAGCAAAAGCGUCACCACGACGAGAGAGCGAGCGACGAAGAGGCCGAGGAGGAGGAAGACGGCGAAAGGAAGAAGCGUCACCACGGAGAGGCGAGGCGCAACGAGGAGGAAGAUGAGGAAGAGGAAAAGAGACACCGCGAAGAGACAAGACAUCGCAGCAGCGACAGCGAAAGCGAGGAAGAUGAGAAGCGACGCCGUGGAGGAGGCCAGAGCGAUGAAGAGGAGGAGCAGGACAAAACGCAUCAUCACGGAGAUGACAAGCGCCACAGCAGCAGCGUGAGCGAGGACGACGAUGCUGAGGACGACGAAGACGAGCGUCACCGAGAAGAAAAGAGGGCACGGCACGAGGAGUGGGAGAGUGAAGGUGACGGAGAGAAGGACACGAAACGCGACGACGACGACGACGAUCGUCACCAUCAUCGUCGUCAGCGCAGUCACCGCCACCAGGACAAACGCUCCAGGGAAGAGGAGCGACGGAGCGAGGAGAGCGAGCGGCGGCAGCGUGGCCAAGCACGCGGCUCGGAGGAAGAGGGACGCAGCUCGGAGGAGAAGCGGCUCAGGGAGAAGCGCAGCGACAGCGGCGAGGGGGACGCGGCGAGCGCGGAGGAGAAGAGGCCCCACCGGCUCCUCGCUCACGCCGGGGCCAAAGACGCACAGAGCCCCGAGAAAUUGCCCGGCGACGACGAGGAGGAGGAGGACGAGGAGGAGGAGGAGGAGGAGAAGAGCGAGGAGCAUGGGGGGGGCAGCAGCGCGGAGGAGAGGCGUCACGCCACGUCGGAGGUCGAGCGACCGGACCCCGUGGUGGACGCCGACAAGCGCACGACGGAGUCGGCCAGUGACGAGGAGACGAACCAGUUCAAGGUUCACAAGAAGUGCGAGUCGGAGGAAAACGAAGGUAAAGAUUCGGAGGUGAAAGAACUCACGAAGUUGGCCACGAUGGAAGCCGAGCUGGAGAAAAUUGUUCAAAGGUUGAGUGCAGCUAAAAGUUAGCGUGGCCCCGUACCGGGGGAGCUGCAACGACCACCACCACCUCCACCACCACCUCCACCAUCACCCGCUCCCCCAGCGCAGCGCUUUCAUCGGCAGCCAGCCCCCGCUCCACACACAACACACGCACACACAACAUCUAUGAUAUCUCUAUAUCCCGUGCCGUUUAUUUCCGCUGUGUUUGUGAUGGGCCAGCGUUGUCGUGGCUGAUAAAUGUCACCCCCUACCCCCACACACACUCACCGGUGCACGUGGGUGUUUGUUAGCCUGCGGUAACAACAACAAGAAACCAGUGGCGGUCGUGAGAUGAAUAUAUAUGAAACCGUGCAUGAUUUGUGUAAGCGGUGUUUUAUUUAUUUGUUUAGUUGCCGUGCGUUGAUGAGCAGACGAGACGCAUUGAUUGCAGACUGAAAAAGCUGAACCCGAAAGCGCACGGAGAGUGUUCGUUUAUCGUUGGUUUACCCGUUCGUUCUAAUCACAGUCUCGCCCGAGUGUUUUGUCGUUUUGCCGUAAUGCAAAUAAAACGUAUUAAUUGCAA